AUGGGAUCCAACGUGGAGCUGGUAUGGCCAGAGUCAAAGGCAUAUUCGUCACGGGUGAACAACUGCUCACAUGCAAAUUCAUCCCUAGCUGCAAUUCGAGCGAAGUUGAGUGCCAAACAAUUAGAACAAUUCAAGACAUUAUGCUUUGGCCAUCUUCUGAAUAUAGAUAAGAUUCAGUUUAGCGGGCAGAUUGUGCAUGGGGUUGUGUUGCAUAGAGUAGCAGGGCAGGGUGUGAAAGACUUAGAUGGACUGAGUUUCUUAAUAGGGUGCGACGUUGCUCAAUUCACUCGUCAGGAUUUCUAUUUGAUCACAGGGCUUCAUUUUGGGGAAAUGCCUGAAGUUUCUAGUGGAGAAAGUGAUGAAAUUAGACUUCAUAAAAGAUAUUUUAUAGACGAAGGAAUUACAUGUAAUGCUUUAGAAAAAGCAUUUCUGAGGUGCAUAGAGGAAGAUGACAUCUACAAGCUAGCUUUUGUUUACUUUGCUGAGUUAGUGGUUUUGGGAAGAGACAAGCAUUUGAACAUCAAUCUAAAUUACCUAACCCUUGUAGAGGACUUGGAUGCGUUCAACAUGUAUCUGUGGGGUUCGGUGUCCUUUGACAAAACCCAAGACGGUCUAUUUUCUACACAAACAAAGUAUGUGAAAAGCUUUGAAAAUGAAGAGGGAAGAGGGAAGAUGAAAAGUAAGGUAACGGGAACAAGCCGGAGAAAUGAGAAGGGCAAGAAGGAAACUGUCCCUUGUCAGUUACAUGGUAAUAAUGUUCAUAUUUGGGUAUAUGAAUUAAUUCCUAGAAUGGCGGACCUGAAUUAUUGCAAGGUUGUUGAUCCGACAACUGUCCCGCGUAUUUUGCGAUGGAGAACUACUACGUCUGUUCCCGAGAUUAGAAAGUUGAACAAUUAUUUUUUCCAGAGCAAAGAGUCAGUUCAGUUGCGGGCGCUAUGUCCGAGUGAAGAGGAAAUGAGACAACCAUAUUGGAGUUGGCCACAAGAUCGCCCUGCUGUUGUCUCGGCAGAGUCAAUUCCUUCUUCAUGUGCUGACCUUGAUGAGUUGAACAAGGUGGUAAGUUUGUUGAGGUCCGAGUUGUUUCAAGUAAAGUGGGAAAAUGACGUCCUUGAGUUAAAGGUCAUAUGGAUGGAAAAACUUUUGGACUACUGUUUAGGUCCUCAGUUUGAGCAGGAAGUAAGGAGGGACCUAGCUUUACUGAAAAAGAGGACGAAUCGUCGUGCCAUCUCACAUCUAUUUAAGGGAAGUGAGGAAAUGGAUGACAUUCAAUGGGAUGAAGGGCCAAGUAACAGAAAUGAGGGAGAGGAAAAGGAAGAGGAGGGGAUUGAAGGGGUGAAGAGCCAAGUAACAGAAAUGAGGGAGAGGAAAAGGAAGAGGAGGGGAUUGAAGAGGGUGAAGUGCAAAAAAAACCAAGUGAGCAAGGGAAAGGAAGCGCAAAGAAAGAGCAGUGAUGGAGAGGAAGUGAAAAGAAAAAGCAAUGAGGGAGAGGAAUUGCAAAGAAAAAGCAGUGAGGGAGAGGAUCCGCAAAGAAAAAGAAAGAAGGGCAAGGAAGUGAAAAGACAAAGAAGUGAGGAAAAGGAAGUGCAAAUAAACCAAUAUGAGGAAGAGCAUGAUGAAGUUAUGUUGCUUAGCGAUGACAUUGGCGAGAGCACGGAGGGGACAAAGUUGAAUGUUUGGUUGACUGAUGAAGGUAAAGUUGUGGAACAAGGGGUCCAAUUACGGAAGAGGAAGAGGAUUAUUCAUAUGUGGAAGAUUCUUGAAGCCAGUGAAUUGGUUCAAAAAAAUCUGCCAGAGGCAACCGGACUUCGGAUGUUAGACCCAAUGAAGGCGAUUCCGCAUGAUGAUAUGGUGAAAUUGCUGAAACUUUGUUGGGAAUGGCACCAUAACCCAAAUUUGGUGAUGCAAUUUGGCUACGUGGAAGCUGAGAUUGAAUUCUUCGCUUCCCUCGUCAAAGCUGACGGUUGGCUGAAAGGAGAUUGUGAAAUCAAAGUGUACGAUUCAAUAGUUUCACUUAUUCCAGAUGAGAUCUUAAAGGAAGAACUCGCCCCGCUUUCAAUUACGAUUCCAAAUCUUCUCAACACCAUCGACUUUUAUGAAGAAGGUGUUUACGCAAACGAUUGCAGCCGAGAUUGGUGGUGUCCGUGGCCAAUAGAACGUGUGGAUGUUCCACAAUAG